CUUUCUAUUCCGGGCAACGAGGGGCGAUCACCCCUUGCUACAGUGGUAACCCUAUUCCGAGGGGGAAGCUGGGAGCAUUCCAAGAUGGCAGCGAGAGAAGAUUCGGUUCCUGUCUUCAUCAGGGUCAGGAAUUCGGUCAGGAUCGUCGCGGAUGUGCCUUCGAAUUUGGAGCAGAACCUGGCGUAUAUCGUGCAUAGGAUUCUGGAGGAAUUUGGCAGAGUUUCCAGGAGGGAGAUUCUAGCGAUACAGGACUACCCCAAGCGUGGAGUGUACGACGUCACUUUCGAUGGCGAGGGAGUCUACAAAAGCUUCCUGAGUAUCUUGGAGGAAAAUCCGGAGGACCCUAGGCUGAAAGGGUUUAAGAUUUUUCCGCACUUCGCAGAGGAGGAGGUCUUUCUUGUGGUGAAGUCAUAUUCACCUUUUGUACCACUGAAAGAAAUAGAAGUGGUGAUCGGUAGGUACUGCAAAAAAUUGUCUUUUGUAGGUAAAAUCCUUAAUGAGCUGGGUAUUUGGACAUCGAAAUACCGCUUUAAGGCAGUCUUUCAGAAAGGUAUGUAUCCACCUGCAAGAUUUCGGUUGGGCACGGUUAAUAUCGACUGUUAUUUUAACGGUAUGCCAGAAUUUUGCAAAAGAUGCCGACAGCACGGACAUGUGAUGGAAGGUUGCAAUUUUUGCCAAAAUUGUGGUAAGGAAGGUCAUGCGAUUUUGAAUUGUACACUUCCGAGAAAAUGUAAUUUUUGUCUUCAGGAGGGACAUUUAUAUGCAACUUGUCCUAAGAGGAAGGUCAAGCCUGAAAAAGUCGUGAAGGUUGCUGGUAAGUUAUCUUUGCCGGUGGAGCCAGUCCCUAUGUUUUCGGGUGAGGAAAAUAUUGGCCAAGCUUCACAAGAGGGCCCGACUGUGAAGCGUGUAAAGCCAAAGGAGAAGAAGAGGAAGAAAGAACCUGAGGAUACUGAAGUAAGUGCCUCUUCUGAAUCUGUUGUCACUGUUGUUGAAUCUUUUUCCAGAGGUGAAAAACUUUUUGAGGCAUAUAAGGAGAAAUCGAAUAAAGAAAUUGCAGAGAUUUUGGAGGCAUGGUCAGACGAAGAAGAAUUUCAAGGUAUACAUGAGUGUAUUAGCAAGACCCCUGAAAAUAAAGACGUUAGAGCUGCGGUUUUGAGUCACAUUAGGAAAUUUAAGUAA